ACACAGACCUCUACAGCACAGAGAUCCAGCCAUGGUACCUACAAUCACUUCAACUAUGAUCUACUCUAAGGAGCACCUGACUCUGACAAACAAGCUAAGAAAGCCAGGGGUGGAGAAGUUACGCAGAGAUCGUAUCAACAACAGCAUUGAGCAUCUCAAGUCUCUCCUGGUUCCAGAGAUCCUCAACCAGCAGUCGGACUCCAAGCUGGACAAAGCCGACAUCCUGGAGAUGACAGUUUGCUUCCUGAGACGACAGCAACAGAACGAGCUGAUGAGUUCCUGCUCAGCACCUGUCAAUCGGGGUUACUCCAGGUGUGUCCAAGUGAAUGUUCACUUCCUGUCUAAUGAUGAGCUGAAGACACAGUCCCAGAGAAGACUGCUGAGCCACUCCCAGAGCCUGCAGCCAUCAUCAGAUAAGAACAGGAGUGAGAUUGACGGCCCUCAGCUGAGCUCCCCAGCCCAGCACAGCAUCAGCAAAGACAAGAGUCCAGUCAACAUCGCCCCCUGGAGGCCCUGGUAGAGACCUACAGAUUGGAGCUCCACUCAGACAAACACAAUGGAUGGACCAUGUUGGUCCAAGAUUAAUUUCAUGGACAGUAAUGAGUAUAAGAAAAUAUCUUCUUUGUUCUCUGCUUAUGCAGGAGCUUUUUAAAGUCUUGCUGUGAUUGAGACUUUUCAUUUCAGUUGUACUGAAGUUAAAAACUUUUUCCUAGAAAACAAUCUGAUCUUUGAAAACUACAUUUUUGUAGUGUUAAUUGAAAGCAUCAUAACCUUUAUGUUUUGUGAAACAUGUAGAUUAUAUUGAUCAUGUGUUUAUAUUCAUGAUCAACAAUAACUUGAAUG